UUGUUAUCCCGUUCAUAUCAUAUCACAUAUGAUAUUCGAGCAUUCAUUCUAAGACAGACAAAAUCCGAUGGCUUCUGAAAUGGCACGAUUCGUCUGCUUAUCGAUCCUCGCCAUUGUCUUCGCCCAACGGCUCGUCCAGGCAGAUAUACUUAGACUAGGAAACUCAGCAGUCAAGCCAGCACUCUCUGUCGAAUCAAACGCGGAUGGCGGACAAUACUGUGGUACCGUGAUGCCUCGGUUGGGAUUGUUGUCGGUCGAUGAGACAAAUUUGAGAUCGAGACACUUGGGAAAAGAUGACAUCGUUGUCCCAACCCACUUCCACGUAGCCGUGUCAAGUGAAGAUUCAACCGAUGGCUGGGUUAGCGUACGCCAGGAAUUGCUAAGAGGAAUGAUGGUGUAUACUGGCUAAAAACUUAUAGCGUAAAACUCUGCUAUACCAGCUUCGUGUCAUGAAUGAACGAUUCAAUCCGCAUGGAAUUUACUUCCUACUCGCGAGCAUGCCGCAGUAUUACGUCGGUACCAGUUACGCGAGCGUAGCCAGCGCCCAAGAUUGGCCAGCAAAGAUCGAACGAAAAGGGAGUGAGGCCGCACUGAACAUGCUAUUUGUGAGAGAGCUUGAGCACAUGGGAACAGCUUAUGGUGCUUGCAUGCCUCUCGGCUCACAGAUUGCAGACCGCCUAGCCGAUAUUUGCAUCAUCAAAACCGGCACACUUCCACACAAGGAUGGUAUUGUCAACUACUCCGGAGGCCUCAUCGCUGUCCACGAGAUUGGACACUGGUUCGGAUUGCUCCAUGUAUUCGGCACUGGAGACCCGUCGUCGUGUACUAGAGACGCGGAUUUCAUUUCUGAUACUCCGUUGCAAUGGGCUGCGACACGUGGCUGUCCAGACAAAGAGCCCUCUCUGUGCAAAAAGAGUGGACCAGAUAAUCUACAUAAUUACAUGAAUUAUGUGGAUGAUCGGUGUCUGCAAGGUGAAGGCUUCACUGAGCUCCAAGCGGUAAGAAUGAGAAGGAUGUGGAAAAAUUAUAGGAAGACGCAUCUCACAGCGGAAGAAAAGGGGUUCAUCAAGAAUGGGCAAGGUGUAACGGACUUGAUGCCGAUGGAUUCUACCACUACGCUUCCAGGCCCAAGCCCGAAUUCAACAGAGCGACCAGAAAGUCAUGACUAUGAGCAUGAGCAUAUGAAUGGAGAAUCAUUGACAGAGCCCCUACGUGAGCAUACCUUGUCGGCGCUACUGCUGGUGGCCGCUGGGGUGUUCGUCGUCUUCUAAGUAAAAUGUAUACGGAGAACGGCAGAAUAUGAACGAAGCUGCCUGAAUUGCGAAGUCUUAUAGUCCCAU